AUGCUGACCUCACUCCAAAUCUUUUUUUUGUUCAUGGCCUUCAGUCAGUUCGUUCUGGGGAUUUUGGGGAAUGGCUUUCUUGGGCUCAUCAAUUGCAUCCACUGGAUCAAGAGGAGCAAGAUUUCCUUACCUGACUUCAUCAUUAUGAAUCUAGCCUUCUCCAGGAUCUUCCUGCAAUGUGUGGUCAUUUUUGAUGCCACUGUUUUGGUGCUCUAUCCUGAUUUCUAUUAUGGAAUGACAAUAAGUCAAAUUCGUGAAACUGGCUGGACUCUUAGUAAUUAUUUUAGCAUCUGGCUGUCCACUUGCCUCAGUGUCUUCUACUGCCUGAAGAUUGCCAUUUUCUCACAUCAUGCUUUCCUCCGGCUUAAGAGGAGGAUUUCCCAGGUGGUUGCCUGCAUUCUGCUGACCUGUGGGCUCUUCUUUUUCUUUAAUAUAGUGUUACACGUCAGAAAAUUCGAUAUAUAUUCUGGCCUCCUAAAAAUGAGACUCAUUACAAACUACACUGAAAAUGUCAGAAGAAAGGAAAGAGAAUUGUAUGUCUUCUACCUUCUCAGUCUCCUGUUGUUACUGAUACCUUUCAUUAUAUUCCUGUUCUCCUGUCUCUUACUCAUUCUCUCCUUGAGGAGGCAUACCAGGAUGAUGCAGCACCAUGUCACUGCUCCCAGAGAUGUGAGCACUAAGGCCCAUGUGAGAGCCACCAUUAUAAUGUUUUCUUUCCUUUUACUCUUUGUCUUUCAUUCUGUAAUUCUCUUGAUUGGGACAGCAAUCACUUUCCUGCAAGAUGCCAAGCUGAUAAUGAUUAUAGAGUUGGCUAUCCCUGUCUAUCCCUCUGUGCACACAUUUAUCCUCAUUCUGCAAAACAAAAACCUGAAGCAGGCAUUCCUGAGGCUGCUGUGGUUGAAGAAGGGCUGCAUGAAAGGUGGGGUCAGAGGAUGCUUUACUCACUAG